AUGAGUUGGACAAGCUAUUGCCCAGGAUGCCCGUUGCAGCGGUUGGCGGCCAAAUUACGGCUCACUAAACAUGCAAUCCAACAGUGGUCGUGGAAGCAUUUUGGCAAUAUAUUCGACGCAGUGAAACAGGCAGAAGAGGCAGUAAUGGCGGCGGAGGCUGUACUUGAUAGCGACCCAUCACAACAACAAUGGUUAGCACUCCAGGAGGCAAGGGCGGUUAUGAGGAAUUCUCUGGUCAAGGAGGAAGCAUAUUGGAGGCAGAAAGCAAGAAUCAAGUGGCUUCAGGACGGGAAUAAAAACUCAAGGUUCUUUCAUGCGGUAGUGGCAGAGAGGCAUGCUAAAUCCGUUAUACAUCGGGUUCGGAGUAGCACGGGGGAGUGGCUGACUGAUGAAGCUCACAUUUCGGCGGAGGUGGUGGAUUAUUUCACAUCCUUAUUUUCGGCCAAAGAUUGUACGGGGUCAUGGAGCACUUUGGAGGUCAUUCCCAAGAUUAUUUCAAGGGAACAAAAUGCUGAGUUGGAGCGCCUUCCCUCGAUGGAGGAGAUAAAAGAGGUGGUAUUCGUAAUGGAUGGGGAGAGUGCAGCGGGCCCCGAUGGUUUCACAGCCGUCGUUAGCUUCUUCUGUGGUCACGAGUUGCCGAGGAGCGUUACGUCGACUUCGAUUGUACUCCUUCUGAAGGUGUCUUCGCCCAAAGACUUUAGUCAAUUUCGACCCAUAAGCCUUUGCAACUUUGUAAAUAAGGUUAUUUCAAAAACCCUGGCAACUCGGUUGUCAAGAGUGCUGCCAAGUAUUAUCUCUCCUCAGCAGAGUGGAUUUGUUAAGGGUAGGCAAAUUUUUGAUAAUUUUCUAUUGGCCCAGGAGUUGGUGUCGGAUAUUCACCGAAAGAAUAGAGGGGAAAAUGUUGUAUUCAAACUCGAUAUGGCCAAAGCCUAUGAUAGAAUCUCUUGGCCGUUUUUGCUUCAGGUGUUGAGGAGGUUUGGGUUUGGCGAGAUCUGGAUUGAUAUGAUUUGGAGACUUAUUUCGAAUGUGUGGUUUUCAGUAAUAGUUAAUGGGGCACCUCAGGGAUUCUUCAAAUCUAGUCGUGGAUUAAGGAAAGGAGAUCCGAUUUCACCGACUCUCUUUGUGAUUAGUGCGGAAGUUCUUUCUCGUCUGUUGAACACAUUGAGUGGCUAUCGGGGCUUUACGCCUUUCAGAGUUCCGAGGGGUUGCCCGCCUGUUACUCAUCUUGCCUACGCAGAUGAUAUUAUUGUCUUCUCUAGUGGUUUGCGGCAAUCUGCGCGGUUGGUGAUGAAGGCGCUGGACGCUUAUGUUUCAGUGUCAGGACAACAAGUGAACCGGCAGAAGAGCUGUGUCCUGGCGCAUGCCAAUUUUCCUAGGAGCAGAAAGCGGUCUAUUGCGGUGAUGACUGGGUUUCAGGCGAAGGAGUUUCCGGUCAAAUAUCUGGGUUGUCCUUUAUAUGCAGGGCGGAGGAGGAGAUGCUACUUUGUAGGGGUUUGUGCCUCGGUCACGAGUAAAGUGUUGUCAUGGAAAGGGAGGCUACUCUCGCAUGGUGGUAAAUUAUCUUUAAUCAAGAGCGUGUUGUCUUCUAUGUCGCUUCACACACUCGCUGCUACGACCCCUCCCAAGUUGAUCCUCAGCAGGAUGGAGCGCAUUUUUGUUGAAUUUUUAUGGAGCUCUUCCGAGGGUUGUUCGAAUGUACAACGGUUAAGCAUGGUGGCGCCUACCGGAUGGGUGGGGAGGAUAUUGGGAGUCGUGCCUCCCUCGCUGGCCCAGGCGGAUACCAUGGUUGGGGCCCUUAGUAUCUCUGGUGCCUUCUCUUUAGCAUCUGCCUACCGGAUCGUUCGAGAGGGUGGAAACAGCUCCUGGCUCUACUCACAGAUCUGGCUUCAAGAGUUGCCGAUAAAGAUUUCUUUGUUCAUGUUGACAUUGAUAGGGUCCCGUUUGCCGGUGAUGGACAGGUUGCAUAAACUUGGCAUACUUGGUCCCUCUCGUUGUGGUUGUUGCCUACACCCAGGUCAAGAGUCUUCUGAUCAUAUUUUCUGUACCAGAGAGGCGGCAAAGAGGAUUUGGGGUUAUUUCGAAGGGGUGGUUGGAGGGUUUCAAGAGUCCUCUACGUUGCGGAAUUCGUUUGUCUUUGAUGACCAUCUGCGGCCCGUGGCGCAUGUGUGUGCGGCAAUUUUUGGGGAUCUCAGGGAUAUUUUCCUCCUUAAAUUUAAACGUCUAGCUAUCUCUGUUCAUGAUUGGCCGGGUUUUUACGGGAUGGUGGCUGGCCUGCAGAGGAUUGUCAGGACCUUGGUUUUAUGGUGGAGCUGCCCAGCCCAAAAUGUCGUCAAACUGAACUCGAAUGGCUGCUUUUGGGGAAACCCGGGGGUGAGUGGAGGUGGGGGGGUGCUUCGGUGCUCGGAAGGAAGGUUUAUCUUGGGGUACUCGUGUUUCUUUGGGGAGAUGACGAGUCUACAGGCCGAAUUGAAGGCGUUGAUUUUUGGUAUUAGGCUGGCUAUUGAUCGUGGGUAUUCUGAUUUACAUUUAAAAUCUAACUCUUUGGUUCUGGUUCAGAUCCUUCAAGGGAAGACUCGGUGUCUGUGGCGGUUGCAAGAGGACUUACAGGACCUGUUAAAAGUCAAAAGUUUCGUUAGAGAGGUAUCACACUGCUUUCGAGAAGCGAAUAAAUCGGCUGACCGCCUUGUAAACAUUGGAGCGGACUCAGGGAAGUUUUUAACGUAUGGCUCUCUGCGUGAUUUGCCUCGCUUGGUGAGGGGUGAUUUCGCUCUUGAUCAGAUGGGUGUCCCAAGUUUGCGUAGAGUCAUGGAAGGAAAUGGUGGUAAUGAGCCGUUUCAGAGGCGUCUUCCGGUGAUGUGUUAUCGAGAGGGGCCUAGGGGUGCUCUUUGGAGUUGGAAUCCAGCUCGUCGAACUAGGCCUCCCUGUGACUGUCGAAGGACUUACUCGUACCCUAAUAAUGUGGUGCUAGCGGUAAUCGAUGAUCGGAGGCGAUUAUUCGAGGAAAAUAGGAUAGUUCGAGAGGAUAAACAAGAAUUGAGGGCAACUGUGGAUGCCCAAACUUCUAGAAUUUAUGAACUGGAGAUGGAUGCACUUGAGGAGCAGAAAAAGGCUAAGACACUUCGUGAGCAGCUUUAG